GAAAAAUUUUACUUAGAAAAUCCCUUAACAAGAAAAAAAAAUUAACAAAAGAAACCAAAAAACUGAAGCCGUUUUUCUAAAUACACGUUAAUAUUUCAAGUCGUCUUGUUGUUGUCGUAUUAGUUCUUCUUUACCUUGUUUCUUUCUUUGUUUUUAUUGUAAGAAAACGGAAAAAAAUUGAGCGCGAGGCAGGUGUGUUUACUAGUGAGAAAAAGAGAGUCAAAGAAAAAAAGCAAGAUCAGUAUUUAACUCUUUUACUCAAAAGCCAUUUUUGUUGCUAUUGCCUGAUCAAAUCCAUAAAAAUGGGCAAAAUAUAGAAAAAUUACUUGAAACAAAAUAAUAAAAUAACAAAGAAUAAUUAAAAGUGUGUGUAAAUUUUAAUUACAACAAUAUCCUCAAAUUAUUUCACCACACAUAAUUAAUAAUGGAGGAACUUGAGAGGCGAUUUAAUGAAAAUUUCUUCAAAAGCUGCCAUAAUUACAAGUGUUCAUCAAAAAUGCUGUCCAAAUCAAAGAUUAAUUUGUGGAUUAUUUUAACAAUCUUUGCGGUGCUGCUACAAAUCAACAGCUGUCAUUCUUUAGAUGGCCCACAAUUACAGCCUCCUCGUUUUACAACGCAACCAUCAUCUUCAGGUUCAAUAGUUAGUGAAGGACGUACAAAAAUUCUACAGUGUCAUGCCUUGGGUUAUCCACAACCUCAAUAUCGCUGGUUAAAGAAUGGUAUACCCGUUGGUGAUUUUUCAUCCAGUCAGUAUCUACGUAUAUUGAAUACACAACGGGAGGAUGCCGGCAGUUAUAAAUGCAUUGCUAAAAAUGAUGCCGGCUCAAUAUUUAGUGAAAAAAUUGAUGUUGUCGUUGCCCAUAUGGGCACAUUUAAUAAUAUAACAGAAGGCCGUUUAACAGUAGUUUCUGGCCAUCCAGCCAUAUUUGAUUUGCCUGCCAUUGACUCAACACCAAUACCUUCUGUGAUGUGGCAAACCGUUGAGGGUCCCUUAAAUUAUGACAUUAAAUAUGCCUUCACAAAAGCCAAUCAAUUGAUAAUACUCAGCACAGAUGAAGUUGAUCGCCGGGCAUAUCGUGCACGUGCCAUAAACACCCAAUUGGGCAAGGAGGAGAACAGUGCCUUUAUACACUUGAAUGUGAGCGGUGAUCCAUACAUUGAGGUGCCACCGGAAAUUAUUGUACAUCCGCAGGACAUGAAAUUGAAACGUGGCGAACAAGUUGCUGAACUGCAGUGCAUUGCCAAUGCACGGCCAUUGCAUGAAUUGGAAACGUUAUGGUUUAAAGAUGGCAUACCAAUUGAAAAUGCCGAAAUUGCUCAUACACUCAACGAUCCAUGGAAUCGUUCGUUGGCCUUAUUGUCAGUUAAUCUAACACAUUCCGGUGAAUAUUCGUGCCAAGUGCGUUUACGUAGCGGUGGCUAUAAGAUUUUAACGGCAAAAGCAAAGAUUGAAAUCUUGGAGCCGCCUUCAUUUUUCACACAGAUGCGACAGGAAACAUUUGGUGAUUUGGGUGCAUUGGUGACACUGCCUUGUGAUAUUAUUGGAGAUCCACAACCGGUAGUGACCUGGUUUAGAAAUGCUGAACCAGUUGAUUAUCAACAUGACAAAUUUUCCCUAACAGAUGAUAAUUCUCUGCACAUAAAACGACUUGGCAUCGAUGAUUCAGCAAUGUUUCAGUGUUUGGCUGUUAAUGAGGCUGGUGAGAAAUCUGCCUACACCUGGUUAAGAGUUAAAACUUCAGCGCCGGUUUUAGAACAGCCACCACAAAAUGUAACUGCUUUAGAUGGCAAAGAUGCUACCAUUUCAUGCCGUGCUAUUGGUGCACCAAAUCCAAAUAUCACUUGGAUUUAUAACGAAACACAACUUGUUGAGAUUUCGAGUCGUGUACAAAUACUGGAAUCUGGAGAUUUAUUAAUAUCAAACGUACGCGAAUCUGAUGCUGGUCUUUACACUUGUGUUCGUUCAAAUGAAGCCGGCACUGUUAAUGGUGAAGCUUAUUUGGGUGUUUUGGUUCGCACACAAAUCAUACAGCCACCAGUUGACGCUACAGUGCUUUUGGGCCUAACCGCAUCGCUGCAGUGUAAAGUCUCUAGUGAUCCAACAGUACCAUAUAAUAUCGAUUGGUAUCGCGAAGGUCAUCCUACAGCCAUUAGUAAUUCACAGCGCAUUGGUGUACAAUCCGAUGGUACUUUAGAGAUACAAGCUGUACGAGCUUCGGAUGUUGGCACCUAUUCAUGUGUUGUAACCUCACCGGGUGGCAAUGAAACGCGGUCUGCACGUUUGAGUGUCAUUGAACUACCAUUUCCACCAGCAAACGUAAAGGCAGCCCGUCAAGAGACACCCGAACAACGAGCCAUAAAUGUAUCAUGGACACCGGGUUUUGAUGGCAACAGUCCAAUCUCCAAGUUUAUCAUACAAAGGCGUGAAGUAUCCGAAUUAGAAAAAUUCGUAGGUCCUGUACCAGACCCCUUACUUAAUUGGAUAACCGAGCUCAGUAAUGUUUCGUCUGAACAUCGUUGGAUUUUAUUGCGCAAUUUGAAAGCAGCGACAGUGUAUCAGUUUCGUGUAAGUGCUGUGAAUCGAGUUGGUGAGGGUUCUCCGUCGGAACCAAGUAACAUUGUGGAAUUACCCCAAGAAGCUCCAUCUGGUCCCCCUGUUGGAUUUGUGGGUUCUGCUCGCUCUCAGUCAGAAAUUAUUACACAGUGGCAACCGCCUUUGGAAGAACAUCGUAAUGGACAAAUUUUGGGUUAUAUAAUACGGUAUCGUUUGUAUGGUUACAACAAUGUACCGUGGAUGUAUCAAAAUAUUACCAACGAGGCUCAGAGAAAUUACUUGAUACAGGAAUUAAUAACCUGGAAGGAUUAUGUUGUACAAAUUGCUGCCUACAACAAUAUGGGUGUUGGUGUGUACAACGACGGUGCCAAGAUAAAAACCAAAGAAGGUGUUCCUGAAGCACCUCCAACCAACCUUAAAGUACAACCUAUAAACUCGACUGCCAUUAGAAUUAACUGGACACCACCAAAUCCGCAACAAAUUAAUGGGAUUAAUCAGGGAUAUAAAAUACAAGCUUGGCGUUAUCAAGCAAUUGAUGGCGAAGACCGGGAAAUUGAAGAAAGAAUGAUUACAGUACCACCUAGCUUGCUGGAUCCAUUGGCGGAACAAACAGCUGUACUAAAUGGUUUAGAUAAAUAUCAGGAUUAUAAUAUAACUGUACUAUGUUUUACGGAUCCAGGCGACGGUGUAAGAAGUUUCCGAGCGCCCGUUAAAACUAAAGAAGAUGUUCCAGAUGAAAUAACCGCUUUGCAUUUCGAUGAAGUAUCUGAUCGCUCUGUUAAAGUUCUGUGGGCGCCUCCGAAAAAUAUUAAUGGUAUUCUAACGGGUUAUACCGUUCGGUAUCAAGUGAAAGAUCGCCCCGAAACUAUGAAAUCAGUAAAUCUGACUGCUGAAGAUACUCAGUUAGUGGUCAACCAAUUACAAGCUACAACCCAUUACUGGUUUGAAAUAAGAGCUUGGACACGUAUAGGUGGUGGACCACCCAAAACAGCUACAAUACAAUCUGGUGUUGAACCAGUUCUCCCAGAACCUCCCACAAAUUUAGCUCUCUCCAAUAUUGAAGCUUUUUCGGUGGUUCUACAAUUCACCCCAGGUUUUGACGGCAACUCUUCGAUAACUAAAUGGAAAGUAGAAGCUCAAACUGCACGAAAUCUUACAUGGUUUACGGUCUGCGAAAUAUCAGACCCAGAUGCAGAAACGUUAACCGUUACAGGACUUACACCAUUUACCCAAUAUCGCUUACGUUUAAGUGCUACAAAUGUAGUAGGAACCUCAAAAGCUUCAGAACCUACAAAAGAUUUCCAAACAAUUCAAGCCCGUCCAAUGCAUCCUCCAUUUAAUGUGACAGUAAGAGCUAUGUCAGCCACACAGUUACGUGUUCGCUGGAUACCUUUACAGCAAACAGAAUGGUUUGGUAAUCCUCGAGGUUAUAACAUCACCUAUAGACAGAUUGAAAGUGAAAAUAGAAUUAUACCAAAGAGUGUGCUUAUUGAAGAUCACACGGCCAACUCUCAUGUUUUGGAAAGUCUUGAAGAAUGGACGGUGUAUGAAAUUGUAAUGAAUGCUUGUAAUGAUGUGGGUUGUUCACAUAAUAGUGCAACGGCAGUGGAAAGAACUCGGGAAGCUGUUCCAUCAUAUGGACCUUUGGAUGUUCAAGCUAAUGCCACGUCAUCCACCACAAUUGUGGUAAGAUGGGGUGAAGUGCCAAAACAACACCGUAAUGGACAAAUUGAUGGUUUUAAGGUGUUUUACGCUGCUACAAACCGUGGUGGUCAUGUUUUACAUAAAACCAUAUCAAAUAAUAGCUCAUUCACUACAACCCUAACAGAGUUAAGUAAAUUUGUCAUAUACCACAUACAGGUGUUGGCAUUUACACGGCUGGGAGAUGGUGCUUUAAGUACCCCACCAGUUAGAGUACAAACAUUCGAAGAUACUCCUGGAGCGCCCUCAAACGUUAGUUUUCCAGAUGUAUCAUUUUCAACGGCUCGUAUUAUUUGGGACGUUCCUGAAGAUCCCAAUGGUGAAAUAUUGGCCUAUCAAGUCACUUACUCACUAAAUGGUAGCUCUAAUUUGAAUUACAGUCGAGAGUUCUCACCAUCGGAUCGAACAUUCCGCGCUACCCAACUCUUAGCCGAGCGCUACUACAUUUUCAGUGUUACUGCUCAAACAAGAUUAGGAUGGGGUAAAACUGCAUCAGUAUUGGUAUAUACAACAAACAAUCGUGAAAGACCGCAACCGCCGUCAAUGCCUCAAAUAUCGAGAUCACAAAUACAAGCACACCAGAUAACAUUCAGUUGGACACCAGGAAGAGAUGGCUUUGCACCUUUAAGGUACUACACGGUACAAAUGCGUGAAAAUGACGGACCUUGGAGUAUUUUACCCGAAAGAGUAGAUCCCUCGCUAACCUCAUAUACAGCUACGAAUCUGAAACCCCAUACCACUUAUCAAUAUCGUAUACAAGCCACCAAUGAUUUGGGACCAUCGGCAUUUAGUAGAGAAAGUAUUGUGGUUCGUACACUAUCUGCAGCUCCUUCGGUGUCAGUUACCAACCUUAAAGUGGUUCCAAUAACAACUACGUCUGUACGUGUGCAGUGGAAUGCAUUAGAAACAUCUAUGUGGAAUGGAGAUGCCACUACAGGAGGAUAUCGCAUACUCUAUCAGCAACUCUCUGAUUUUCCUACUGCUUUGCAAACCACACCCAAAACAGAUGUUAUGGGUAUUAAUAUUAACUCUGUAGUUCUAUCCGACCUUCAGCAAGACCGUAAUUACGAAAUAGUUGUAUUACCAUUUAAUUCUCAAGGUCCGGGGCCUGCAACUCCACCUGUUGCAGUAUACGUAGGAGAAGCUGUUCCCACAGGAGAGCCAAGAGCUGUGGACGCAGCACCGAUUUCAAGUACUGAAGUUCGUUUAAGAUGGAAACCACCAAAGCAAAGUAUGCAAAACGGCGAUCUUUUGGGUUACAAAAUAUUCUAUUUAGUAACGGACUCACCGCAAGAACUAGAGGAUGGUAAAACAUGGGAGGAAGAAAUUGAGGUUGUUUCAGCCACCGCAACAUCACAUAGUUUAGUGUUUUUAGAUAAAUUUACUGAAUAUCGUAUACAAAUAUUGGCAUUUAAUCCAGCGGGUGAUGGACCUCGUUCAUCGCCUAUUACAGUAAAAACACUGCAAGGUCUACCCAGUGCUCCACAGAAUUUAAGGUUUGAAGAUAUUACUAUGCAAUCGUUAAAAGUGUCAUGGGAUGCGCCCAAAUUUAAAAAUGGAGAAAUUUUGGGUUAUUUAGUAACGUACGAGACUACAGAAGAAAAUGAAAAAUUUAGUAAACAGGUUAAACAAAAGGUUUCUGGCACAAGCUUAAUGGUGCAAAAUCUAGAAGAAGAAGUCACUUAUACAUUUACCGUACGUGCUCAGACUAUUGAUUAUGGACCAGCAGUUAGUGAGAAUGUUACUACCGGUCCUCAGGAGGGAUCUCCUGUUGCACCUAGAGACUUAAUAUUAUCAAAAACACUAUCCAGUGUAGAAAUGCACUGGUUAAAUGGACCAUCAGGUCGAGGGCCCAUAUUGGGUUAUUACAUUGAAGCAAAAAAACGAGAAAGAGGAGAACCAUCAUUUAUUUACGACUCCCGCUGGGAGACUAUAACGAAAUCGACCACCGGCACGAUACAGGACUUUACAGUCAGUUAUCAAAGUUUGUUGCCAUCUACUGCCUAUACAUUCCGUGUUAUUGCAUAUAAUCGUUAUGGUAUAUCAUUCCCUGUCUACUCUAAGGAUUCCAUAUUAACGCCUUCCAAAUUACAUUUGGAGUAUGGUUAUCUGCAGCAUAAACCAUUCUACAGACAGACGUGGUUUAUGGUUGCCCUAGCUGCCACAUCUAUUGUUAUAAUCAUAAUGGUUAUAUCGGUAUUAUGUGUUAAAAGCAAAAGCUAUAAAUAUAAACAAGAAGCUCAAAAAACAUUAGAAGAAUCGAUGGCCAUGUCAAUUGAUGAGCGACAAGAAUUAGCUUUAGAGUUGUAUAGAUCAAGACAUGGCGUGGGUACAGGUACCUUAAAUAGUGUGGGUACUUUAAGCAGAGGAACUUUGGGCACAAUGGGUCGUAAGGCUAAUAAUCGGCCGCCACCCAAUAUUCAACUGGGUAAAAGUCCACCCAGACCAUCACCUGCCUCAGUAGCUUAUCAUAGUGAUGAAGAGAGUCUAAAAUGCUACGAUGAAAAUCCUGACGACAGCAGUGUCACUGAAAAACCUUCAGAAGUUAGUUCAUCAGAAGCAUCACAGCAUUCGGAAAGUGAGAAUGAGAGCGUACGCUCAGAUCCCCAUUCAUUUGUUAAUCAUUAUGCCAAUGUUAACGAUUCCUUACGACAGUCGUGGAAGAAACAAAAACCCGUGCGCAAUUAUUCCAGCUACACAGACUCUGAACCUGAAGGUAGUGCAGUGAUGAGUCUCAAUGGUGGUCAAAUUAUUGUUAAUAAUAUGGCCAGAUCGAGAGCACCACUGCCUGGUUUCUCAUCUUUUGUCUGACAAUCUACAGAGUUUUAAGUAUAAACGUACAUUUUGUUAUCGAUUAAAUUUUAUUUUAAAGAACUACACCCCCAUACACAUCCGUACAUAAAUAACUACAAAUCAUUAAGAAGGAAAACAAAAAUCAUAUUCUAAUUAUAAGUGAAAAUUACAUGAAAUUGUCUGCCUAUUUAUUUUUAGUGUUUAAUUAGUGUUUAACCUAAGAAAUCUAACGAAAUUAUUAGUUUUAUAUAUAUAAGUGACAAACAGAGAAACUAAUAUACAUAAAAAUAUGUAUAUUUAUGUAUGUAAUAUGGUACCAGAUAAUAGCAUUCAUCUACUUAUUUUCCAUUCUUUUUUAAUUUAAUUUUACUAAAUGUAUUUUUUGUAUUUUUUUUUUUUUGUAAGUUUUGUUUUCAUAUAAUUAGUAACGACGUACAUACGUAUAGGUACAUGCAUAUUUAAUUGUAGUUUAAAGUUUAAGUAGCAUAGUACUGUGCAAGACAAAGUUCAAAUUUGAAAUUUUUAAAAGCUGUUCUAAAUGAAUCAGGUGAUAAAUUUUCUUUUCCAAGAUUAUUUAUUUAAAAUAAGCUUCAUUUAAUAGCUUUUAAAAGUGCAAGACAAAACUUUAAUCGCUUAAUUGUAUUAUAUAAUUAUUAAAAAUAUAAGUAUGUAUAAUUCUACUUAUUUGAAAAUGUGUUCAUAUAAGAAAUCGACCCUAACUAAAUUAGAUCUUGAAAAUAGUUAAAUUUUUUUAUUGAUACAUAGUUUGUAAUACACACUUCUGCAAAAAUAUCGUUUUAAAUUUGUUUGGAUUCUGUUAUUUUUUUGGUUUCUUAAAAAAAUAUUCAGAUUCUCAUGUUGCAUUUUUCCGAAUUAUAAGGUUAUUUCAAAAAUAUAAUGGACUUAGCUAUAAGAAAACCUAAUUUACAAUAUUUUCAGUGAACAUAUUUUAAAAGCAUCGAUAAAGCAAGUUCAAGAAAAUGCAAAGUACCAAAAUAAAUGAUUAUGGUUACAGAAUUUUGUUAUUAAUAAAUAAUUUAUCAAGUUGGGAGCCUUUAAAUCCGCUCGAUUGAGACGUCGACUCAAUACUAAGUAAAAAUAGUAAAUAAUUUUAACCCUUCGUAAGGGCACUGCUACACGUUCAAUAUAUGUAUAUUGACCGCGAGCCAGUAUCACAUUAUUUAUUCAACGUGUAGCAUAAAGUAUUGAUAGAUCGCAGAAUAGCCUAACAUUUUGAAAUCCAGAUCGCGAUUUAAAUAUCACAAUAUGUAUAUAUUGAACGUGUAGCAUUCCGAAUAGUGCAGAAUUGUGUCCUUUUUAUAUCGUCAGAAGAAGAUAUGAUAAGGAUGGUGUACUGUCAUAGCAAAUUCAAGGUCCAUUCCGGGAUCAAUUUUUUAUAAAAUUCCAUGAUUACUUUCAAUGGACUUUAAUUUAAUUUUCGAUUUAAUAAAAUUUGUGUGUUAUUGCUAAAUGUUUUGCAUUAAAAACUAAAUUCUGUAACUAUUACCAAAAUGGAUAAUUUGUAAUAGUUUUCAACAUUUAACUUUAUGCUAAAUGACCCAAUGAAAAAUCGCAUAUUUUUUCUACGUAUUUAAUAAAUAUCGGAUUUGUCAAAUUUCAAAUAGAUAAAAGUCUUUCAUCCGACCAAAUAAACUUAAUGAAAUUUCUUAAAAUUUUGAGGCCUUUUCUGUUUUGAAUUAAAUUUCCAUUCUUUAUCGGCAAUAUGAAAUUUGUAUACAAAUGAAAUAUCCAUUUCACUCGAAGGGAAAAUUGCUAUCGUGAUAUUCCCCAUGAACUUUUCAUUCACAAUAGUUGAUUUGGUUUGUAACAGCUGUUUAUUGUUAACAAAAUUCCAUCUUAAAAUUUCACAACAUGGAGAAUUUGUUCACGUGAACACAGUCUUUUGAAAUAUUGAUUCGCGAUAGGGGUGAUUAUAUUUUCUUUAUAAAACAUAUAAUUUCACUCAAAUGUUAUACAUACAAUUUUUAACAUGUUAACUGUUGGUUUGCCCACCUUUUUGUGUUUUAGGGAAUAUUUCGUUAUUCGUAUUGAGUUGAAAUAAUACGGAAUAUUCACAAUAAUUGUUAAAACAUUUAAAAGUUAGUCUACAUUGUUUUGUCCGUAACUGUACAUAUAAAUUCUAAUAAUAAUAAAUCCAAAAACUAACUAAUUUAGUUAUGGUCAUUAAACAAAUAGUUUACAAAUUUAUAUAAAUACAAAAUUGAGAAAGUUUCA